GCCUUAAAAACGUGAAGAUAAACAGACUGUUACAUCUCAAACGAUCUCGGUCUACGGUGCGGAUGUCGCAAUAAAGUAGGUCAAUUGCGUUAAGUUUUGAUUUUCACAACUCUGGUUGAUAAUAAUCUCUGGACACAACACCGAGUGACUGUCGUGUUUUGAUGACGUCUGCUGUGGGACUUUCUACAUGCGUCACACUGAGCUUCCGAGUAUUUUAACGCUAGCUAGCUGCGACUGGCUCAUAACCGUUAACGUCGCAUUGCUUCCCUGUUUUAAAACCCCAAAUGGAGACAUGAAAACGCUUGAAAGCCACGAGAAGAGCUGAGAGGUCUGAAUUUAGAGGAGUCGUCGUCCCAAGCGGCGGUCACAUCGAGAGGCGGAAUGUCAACAACGCGGCCCCUCCUUGGUAUGCGACGAGUCACCGAGCUAGCGUGCCCGGAGCAGCCCACCAGCAGGCUCCAUUCGUCGGCCGGAAGACAGCCGACAGAGGCCCUCCCUGUGGACGAGUUUACGGUCCCGGAGGACAAAGAAGAGGAGAUGAGAUGUGCCAAGCCUCGAGUGGAGCAUGUUUUCGAAGUGACUUUUACUAUAAUCGGUCUGCUGGACCACACAGGACAGCCGCACGGCAGCAAAACAUCGCGGCAGAUAUGGCUGCAGCUCCGGGGGAACAGGGACGACGUGUCGAAGGCAAAGGAGUACGUUCGAGGGCUGUGUGACCCAGAGCUGCAGAAAGUGGAGCGCUACCCGGUGGACAUGCACUGCAUCUUCGCCGGCACCAGAGGCCUCUUCCUGGACAGACUCGUGCGCGACACGAGCGCAGAGGUUCUUGUGCCGGAGCCGGGUCGCCUGUGGCUGCUGGGCCGAGCCGAGCCGGUUGUGAUGGCUCAGAGCAGAGUUCAGCAGUUUGUUGCUUUAUUCCAGGAGAAGAAAAGUCUGCCGAGCGACAGAGAAUCCACCGUGAAACGAGCGUUCAAGUCCUUCGUAGAGGAGAGAGACGAUAAAUACACCAUGGAGCUGCUGCUGCUGCCCAGUGCGCUAAAGGAGGAGCUACUGGGGCUGGUGCACAACCCCGGCAGCACAAUCACACCUCCUCUGGCGCCCCUUCCCAGCUCGACGGAGGCCGACCAGGACCGCUCCCAGAGCAGCACCCCGGUCACGGAGCUCUCCAACCGUAUCCUGGGCACCAGCUUCGACGAGAAAGGAGUCAUGCUGGCGUCUGGAGGAGGGAAAGCACCAGGGGGGGUCGGGUUGGGCCCUGAAGCCGUUCUGCUCAAUGGCACUCGGCCCUCACACAAGCGGCGCUCUUCUGAGAGCGAAACCCGGGACACAAAGAGACAAUACUCCCUGGAACGAAAGGAGGAGUCGCCUGAGAGGAUGGCGAGGGAGCGUCAGAGAGACAGGGACGGGUGGGGGGGCGGCAGUAGCAGCUGUAGGUCCAAAACCCCCUCUGCCUCGUCAGCAAAAGCAAACACGAUGUCCGCUCAGAUUACGCUGGAGUCCAGUGAAAGCAACUCUGAGGACGGAGAGGCCGUCAGCCCAGAAACGAACCUGCGCUGCUUGGUCAACUUCUUCAGAACCAUGGGGUACCAGCAGGACGUGGUGGAACGGGUCGUCAAGGAGACGGGACAAACGGAAGACACUUUUCUCCUUCUGGAGAAGAUCGUGGAGGAAACCAAACGUUGUGAGAUGGAUUUGAAAGGAGGUGGAAAAGAGAGACAAUUAAACUCUUUAUGCACCUCCUCCGCCGCCGCCGCCUCCUCCAUGGUCUCGCGCUUCAGAGAGAAGGAGCGUGAGCUCGGGAGGACGAUGGAUGACCCAGGGACGUCCAAGGAGAACAUAAAGCCCAGCCAGGGAAGCAAAGGGUUGGGUCACCGGAGGCAGUGCAGCGGCAGCGAGAGGAGCACUCAGCAGGCCAUCACCAUCAAGAGGAGCUCCAGCGCUCAAGGAGGAGCACGACACAGUGAUAUCAUCACCAUCGAUGACGACGAAGACGCCACCCCCUCCAGCACCAAAGCAGAUGGCAGAACAUCGCUGAUCAUGACUGUGACGCCGUGUGACAGCACGCAGUCGGGAUCCCGUACAGACUAUCUGGCACGGGGAGGGGGCGGAGUCACACAGAGGGACUUCUUGUGUCGGUUUGGGACUCAGACUCUGGGAGGACCGGUGAAGGUUGAGAGCUUGACGGCGCUGCGCAGCACGCCUCAAUGGCCGACUGCUGCUGAUGCCUCUUUGGCUUCGACCCCCAGUGCAGCUCAGCCCAUCAGCCGAGCCCCCACCUAUCAGACCAUCGGCCAUGCUGGUUUUCAGGGGGGCGGGGCUGGGAACCCUCCUGCGAAAGAGCCCCCCGCCCCACCGGUUACUGGUUUGGCCCGUUUUCACCAGUCACUGAGGACUCCCUUCGCCUUGAACCUGCCGAACGAGCCUGGAAUUCUGGGACUGAGGCACAUUAUUAUAGAUGGCAGCAACGUGGCGAUGGCCCACGGACUCCAUCGCUUCUUCUCGUGUCGUGGCAUCGCGCUGGCCGUGGAGACGUUCUGGAGACGAGGACACAGGGAGAUCACGGUGUUCGUCCCUCAGUGGCGUCAGAAGAGAGACCGACUCUCUACAGAACAACAUUUCUUGAACAAGCUGGAAGACCUGGGACUUCUUUCCUUUACUCCUUCCAGGGAAGUAUGCGGGCAAAGGAUAUCCUCCCAUGACGACAGGUUCCUGCUCCACCUGGCUGACAAAACAGAUGGUGUCAUCGUGACGAACGACAACCUGAGGGACUUUGUGGACACCUCUGUCUCCUGGCGCCACAUAAUCCAGGAAAGGCUGCUUCAGUUUACUUUUGUUGGGGAUCUCUUUAUGAUUCCUGAUGAUCCACUUGGGAAGCAUGGGCCUCACCUGGAUGUCUUCCUCACUAAAGUCAACAGGAGGCCCCCAGCCGCUCCCCAACCCCUGCAGCUCACAGACUUCCGGCCUCCUUCCCAGCAGCACCGGCCCCACUCUGGCCCCCCAGAGUGGCACCUGCCUGGCCGCUCGCCCUCCCCGUCGCCCUCUCCUCCACCCCAGAGAUCGCCGGAGGAGACGUCGGAGCUGAAGGGAAAACUGUACGACAUUUUCCCUGAGCAGAGGCAGCGCAUAGAUCGCAUCCUGAGCGACAACCCGUACAUGCGGGACCUGAACGCGCUGUCCGGGUUGUUGCUCGGCUAGAAGAAAUUUGUAAAUAAUUAUUGUAUAUAGAUUAUUAUUUUUUUGUAUAUAGUUCAAAUAAAAGAUUUACAGUUCA